GCCCGGCCGCUCGCUCGGCGGGCGCUCGCUCGGCUCGGCUCGGCUCGGCCGCGGGGCGCGCAGGCGGCGGCCGGGCUGCUCGGGGCGCGCCUCCCGCCUUCCCGCCGCCGCGGGCCCGCAGACGGGGUGCUAGGCGGGGCCCGGAGCGCGGAGCGCAGAGCGCCGACCGGGCUCGGACGGGCUGCACCGGGCGGGCAGCGGCGCGCAGGGAGUGGCCGCAGCAUCCUCGCCGCCCGGCCCGGGGCCGGGAGGACCAGGCCGGGCGCCGGCCGCCGACGGGCUGCUGCUGGAGGGCGAAGGCGAGUGAGGAUGCUGGAGAGAACGUGACCUGCGCCCACCCGUCCACCCCUGAGGGGCUCCACCAUGCAGAAGCCCAGUGGCCUGAAGCCCCCCGGCCGGGGGGGCAAGCACUCCAGCCCCGUGGGCAGGACGUCCACUGGGUCAGCCUCGGCCUCUGCGGCAGCAGUGACCACCAGCUCCAAGGAAGGCUCCCCGCUGCACAAGCAGGCGUCCGGCUCCCCGUCCUCCGCGGCCGCCGCCGCCCCCGACAAGCCCGGCGCCAAGGCGGCGGAAGUGGGCGAUGACUUCGUGGGGGACUUCGUGGUGGGCGAGCGGGUGUGGGUGAACGGCGUGAAGCCGGGCGUGGUGCAGUACCUGGGCGAGACGCAGUUCGCGCCGGGCCAGUGGGCGGGCGUGGUGCUGGACGACCCGGUGGGCAAGAACGAUGGCGCCGUGGGCGGCGUGCGCUACUUCGAGUGCCCGGCGCUGCAGGGCAUCUUCACGCGGCCCUCCAAGCUGACGCGGCAGCCCACGGCCGAGGGCUCGGGCAGCGACGCCCACUCGGUGGAGUCGCUCACCGCUCAGAACCUGUCGCUGCAUUCGGGCACGGCCACGCCCCCGCUGACCAGCCGCGUCAUCCCGCUGCGGGAGAGCGUCCUCAACAGCUCGGUCAAGACGGGCAACGAGUCCGGCUCCAACCUCUCCGACAGCGGCUCUGUGAAGCGGGGCGACAAGGACCUGCGCCUGGGAGACCGCGUGCUGGUCGGCGGGACAAAGACCGGCGUGGUGCGGUAUGUGGGGGAGACGGACUUCGCCAAGGGCGAGUGGUGUGGCGUGGAGCUGGACGAGCCCCUGGGCAAGAACGACGGGGCAGUGGCGGGCACCAGGUACUUCCAGUGCCCGCCCAAGUUCGGUCUCUUCGCGCCCAUCCACAAGGUCCUCCGCAUCGGCUUCCCGUCCACCAGCCCAGCCAAGGCCAAGAAGAGCCAGCGCAUGGCCAUGGGUGUGUCCGCGCUGGCCCACAGCCCCAGCAGCUCCUCCAUCAGCUCCGUCAGCUCCGUGGCCUCCUCCGUCGGGGGCCGGCCCAGCCGCAGCGGCCUGCUCACGGAGACCUCCUCGCGCUACGCCCGCAAGAUCUCGGGCACCACGGCGCUGCAGGAGGCCCUGAAGGAGAAGCAGCAGCACAUCGAGCAGCUGCUGGCCGAGCGGGACCUGGAGCGGGCCGAGGUGGCCAAGGCCACCAGCCACAUCUGCGAGGUGGAGAAGGAGAUCGCCCUGCUCAAGGCACAGCACGAGCAGUAUGUUGCAGAGGCAGAGGAGAAGCUGCAGCGGGCCCGGCAGCUGGUGGAGAGCGUGCGGAAGGAGAAGGUGGACCUGUCCAACCAGCUGGAGGAAGAGCGGAGGAAGGUGGAGGACCUGCAGUUCCGGGUGGAGGAGGAGUCCAUCACCAAGGGAGACCUGGAGACCCAGACGCAGCUGGAGCACGCGCGCAUUGGGGAGCUGGAGCAGAGCCUGCGACUGGAGAAGGCGCAGGCCGAGCGGCUGCUCAGAGAAUUAGCGGACAACCGGCUGACAACGGUGGCCGAGAAGUCUCGGGUGCUGCAGCUGGAAGAGGAGCUGACCCUGCGCUGUGGCGAGAUCCGGGAGCUCCAGCAGUACCUCCUGCACGCAGGACCCCCGCCGCCCGACCACCCGGAGGCUGCCGAGACCCUGCGCCUACGGGAGCGGCUGCUGUCGGCCGGCAAGGAGCGCCCUCGGGAGAGCGGCCUGCUGCGGGACAAGUACGAGAAGGCCCUGAAGGCCUACCAGGCCGAGGCCGAGAAGCUGCGGGCGGCCAACGAGCGCUACGCCCAGGAGGUGGCCGACCUCAAGGACAAGGUCCAGCAGGCCACCAGCGAGAACAUGGGGCUCAUGGACAACUGGAAGUCCAAGCUGGACUCGCUGGCUUCCGACCACCAGAAGUCCCUGGAGGAGCUCAAGGCCACGCUCAGCUCGGGGCCCGGCGCCCAGCAGAAGGAGAUCGGGGAGCUGAAGGCGGUGAUGGAGGGCAUCAAGAUGGAGCACCAGCUGGAGCUGGGCAACCUGCGUGCCAAGCACGACCUGGAGACGGCCGUGCACCUGAAGGAGAAGGAGGGCCUGCGCCAGCGGCUGCAGGAGGCCCAGGAGGAGCUGGCCGGGCUGCGGCAGCACUGGCGGGCCCAGCUGGAGGCACAGGCCAGCCAGCACCGGCUGGAGCUGCGGGAGGCCCAGGAGCAGGGCCGCGAGGCCCAGCUGCGCGUGCAGGAGCUGGAGGCCGAGUACCGCGGGCAGGCGCAGGCCAUCGAGUUCCUCAAGGAGCAGAUCGCCCUGGCCGAGGAGAAGAUGCUGGACCAGGAGCGGCUGCAGCGGGCGGAGGCCCAGGGCAAGCAGGAGGCCGCGCGGCUGCGGGAGAGGCUCCUGGUGGCCGAGAACAGGCUGCAGGCCGCGGAGGCCCUGUGCUCGGCCCAGCACACCCACAUGAUCGAGUCCAACGACCUUUCAGAGGAGAAAAUCAGGAUGAAGGAGACGGUGGAGGGCCUGCAGGACAAGCUGAACAAGAGGGACAAAGAAGUGACAGCCUUGACCUCCCAGACCGAGAUGCUCAGGGCCCAAGUAAGUGCGCUGGAGAGCAAGUGCAAGUCAGGGGAGAAGAAGGCGGAGGCGCUCCUGAAGGAGAAGCGGCGCCUGGAGGCGGAGCUGGAGGCCGUGACCCGCAAGACCCACGACGCCUCGGGCCAGCUGGUCCUCAUCAGCCAGGAGCUGCUGCGCAAGGAGCGGAGCCUGAACGAGCUGCGGGUGCUGCUGCUGGAGUCCAGUCGCCACUCCCCGGGGCCCGAGAGGGACCUGAGCCGCGAGGUGCACAAGGCCGAGUGGCGGAUCAAGGAGCAGAAACUCAAGGACGACAUCCGGGGCCUCCGUGAGAAGCUGACCGGGCUGGACAAGGAGAAGGCCCUGUCGGAGCAGAGGCGCUACUCGCUCAUCGACCCCGCCUCGGCGCCCGAGCUGCUGCGGCUGCAGCACCAGCUGAUGAGCACGGAGGACGCGCUGCGGGACGCGCUGGACCAGGCCCAGCAGGUGGAGAAGCUGAUGGAGGCCAUGAGGAGCUGCCCCGACAAGGCGCAGACCUUGGGCAAUUCCGGUUCCGCCAACGGCAUCCACCAGCAAGACAAAGGCCCGAAGCAAGAGGACAAGCACUGACAGCUGAGGGACACGCUGGAGCGACCCAGUUCACACCAGAGCCCUGCCAGGCUGCCCAGCGGCACCCCUCCAGGCAGGGCCAGGACUGUUAACUUGGAGACAAGACAGUGUUUGUAACAAUAAGUACUCACGCCGGACAAUCCCCCACGGACCCCACCAGACCCCGCUGGACCCAGAGGCUUCCUCCAGGGCCGCGGUCAGUGGAGUGGUGCAGCCGGCAGCGUCUGGAAUUUGUUGGGGGGGAGGUGGGGUGACCCAGCCAGGCUGCUGUCCCCAGAGCAAGCUUGCCUCAGGCCCCGCUGGGUGCCCUGGGUGCUUCCCUGCCCUUCUCCUGGGGCCUUCAGGCCCUGAGGGGCCAGGGCAGGGCCCAGCUUCUCCUUCAGGCACCCCGGGGACACCUGGUCUCGGGGGCAGUACAGGCCCCUUUUCUGCAGCUGCUUCUAGGCCGAGCCAGCCCAGGACUUCUUGUCCCAUGGGCCGAGCCUCCUGCAAACUGCAAACAGUGGUACAAGUUCCCCGCCUCUGCCCAGGUGCAAGUGUGGGGCGGGGUCCUUCCUCCCCAAGACAGACCCAACCUGCCCCCAGCUGCUGGCCCGCCUCGGCCAGGCCGGGGCGCAGUAUUAAGGCUGGGCUCCUGUCCGCGCAGGGGCCUCGGGUAAGCCCU